UGAUGAUAAGCGCGUGAUCGCAUCUGUCAGACUUUAUCAAGGGUCUCCAGGGUCCAUCAGAGGAAACCAGCGUGCGCUUCUCGUUACCUUUGAUCCGGAUCACGACGGAGCUGCAGGCUGACGCGGUGCGUGCGCACGGUAAUCCAGGUCAGAGCCGUUAUAAUAGAAGCUCUUUUGUUGGAGCUCUCUGGCCCGGAUCGGUUUCAUCUAAUAGUGGGUCUCACUGUAAUCGAGCACACCGUCAAAUUCGGUUUCUUCCCGCAAACUAUUCCUCAGAAGAGGCUGCGUCUGAUUUCAGCCGCGUUUCGCAAUCCGCCGCUCGCAGAUUUCGCGUUGCGCGCAUUCUUCUGAUUGCAGAUCCGUUAUACGAGUCUGCGCUCAACAAAGGGCCGUCCAUAAAGAGCCUUUGACCAGUGAAACCCGAGAUCCUAAAAGCUCGCUGGAGGCCGAGGAAAAGCGCACUGGAGCUUCACAUCUGACCGCGGCGCGAGGAGCAGCGCGGAGACGCAGCGCGAAUGCAUGCUUGGUGAAGUUUGGCGCAGCGGUUCUUGGCACUGUCGCUUUUCCAGCAGCUCGCAGAUGAAUGAAACUUAAUCCGCGUUAAUCUGCCGCGCUCUGUAGGAGGUAUAUAGCGGCGAUGGACGCGCACUGAGCAUGUCCGCGGCGCGGCGCGCAUCCAUCCCUGAUCGACGGCACCAUGGUGGAGCACAGCGGCCUGGACAUCAUGUGUCUUAACAAAUACAGCCCCGCUUCCUCCUCCUCCUCCUCCUCCUCCUCCUCGAACGCGGAGAAGAAACUUUUCUCCAAGCUCAAGGUGAGUCUGACCAAGAAGUACCCGCAGAAGAACGCGGAGACGCUGAGCGCGCAGUACGGAACCAACCUGCUGCUGAUCGGCGUGUCCGUGAUGCUCGCGCUCGCCCAGCACGGUCCCGCGGUGAAGAAGGAGCAUCUGCUGGCCUUCAUCACGGCGCUGAUGCUGGUGCAGCUCGUCUGGAUGCUCUGCUACAUGAUCCGGAGGAACGAGCGCGGUCUGGUGCCGGAGAGGGACGCGCACGCCGGCACCAGCUGGAUCCGAGGCGGGCUGACGAUGCUGGCGUUGCUGUCGCUCAUCAUGGACGCGUUCCGCAUCGGCUAUUUCGUCGGAUAUCAUUCAUGCAUCUCCGCCGUGCUCGGAGUCUAUCCCAUCGUGCACGCUCUGCACACCAUAUCUCAGGUGCAUUUCCUCUGGUUCCACAUCAAAGACGUCAUCAAGAAAUAUGAAACGUUUGAAAGGUUUGGAGUGAUUCAUGCCGUCUUCACUAACCUUCUGCUGUGGUGUAAUGGAGUGAUGUCAGAAGCUGAACAUUUCCUCAACAACCACAGGAGACGCCUGACUGCGCUGGGAUACGCCAAUCUCUCCACAGUGGAAGCGGAGCCGCACUGUAACUGCACCACCAGCGUCUGCUCCAUGUUCUCCACCAGCCUCUACUACCUGUACCCCUUCAACAUCGAGUACCACAUCUUCGUCUCCGCUAUGCUGUUGGUGAUGUGGAAGAACAUCGGCCGCACGCUGGACCUCCACAGCAACCGCAAGCGUCCCAGCACAAGGAGCCCGGGUCUGCUGCUUGGCCCCAUGCUGGGUCUGCUGGCACUGGCCAGCUCCGUCACUGUGCUGGUGGUGUACCUGAUGCAGGUGGAGAAGUCUCCGCAGGCCGCCGUCUCCAUGUUCUACUGCUACGGCGUGGUGAUGCUGAGCUGCAUGUGUGUCGCGAGCGGAGCCGGGCUGCUGGUGUACCGUCUGGAGGCCUGGCCCAUGGACACGGGUUCGAACCCGUCCCGCACGCUGGACACGGAGCUGCUGCUGCUGGGCUCGUCGCUGGGCUCCUGGCUGAUGUCGUGGUGCAGUGUGGGGGCGGCGGCGGGACCCGGCUCUCCGAGCUUCCGCUGGACCUGUCUGGUGUACUCGCUGCUGCUGGUGCUGGAGAAGUGUGUGCAGAACCUGUUCAUCGUGGAGUCGCUGUACCGCAGACGCAGGGAUCCGGAUGACACCCUCGCAACUGAGGUGUUCUGCGUCACACCACCGUACGACGGCAUCGUGAACCGCGGCUACGAGACGACCCUGGAGGGAGAGACGCCCAAGAACAGAGUGGCGUUCAGCAGGAAGCAGACCGACGUCACACUUCCUGUGGGAAACCGGCUAAACGUGACGCCCGGGAGGAAGAGACAAAUCCUGAAGAACAUCACCAUCUUCCUCUUCAUGUGCAACAUCUCGCUGUGGAUUCUCCCGGCCUUCGGCUGCCGUCCGCAGUAUGACAGCGGUCUGGAGCAGGAGACCUUCGGAUACAGCGUUUGGACCACGGUGCUGAACCUGGCUAUUCCCAUGAACCUCUUCUACCGCAUGCACUCGGUGGCGUCGCUCUUCGAGGUCUUCCGGAAGGUUUGAGGGUGUGUGGAAGACUGUAUCUGGUGCUCACAAACACUGACAGACACACAAACACUGGUCUGAGGAAGCUCAUGCGUUCAGAACGACUGAUCGGAUCCGUUCUCAUGGACUCCAUCGGCUCUUAAAGAUGCUCUCAGUAACUUGACAGACUAGAAGUUCUCAGGCACACACACACACUUACUAACACACACACUAACUCACACACACACACACACACACACAUACACACACACACACGUCUUCACUUGAUCAAGGAUGAUGUUCUCUUAUAUCAAGUUCUCAAGUGGGUUUAAAUCCUGAAUGUUUUUAGUACAAUGUCUGAUUGGAAAAUCCUUGAAUCUUGCAUGCUAUCGAACAAACACAUGGUACAUAUUGUAGUUUUUAAUUAUGCAAAUGCUCAUUUAAAUGAAGGAGAAAUAGAGUAAAACCACCAAACUAGUGGUGAUUUGAGUCUGAUCAAAUCAUCUGAACCGGCAAAAAACGACUUUCUUGUUUUGUUUUUCAGUACAAAUAUCUGAACAUUCUCAAAUCAAGUGUGCUUCUCCAGUAAAUGUUUCAUGAUUUAAUUUAGAUAUCUGUGCUGAGGAGGAACCUCAGUCUUUGCAGUGUGAUCAGAAGCAGAACUGAUCAUAAAACCACAGGUAUAUUCAUUGCACUUGAGGAUUUUUCCGACUGUAGAACUCAAGUCAGGCUUAAACUCUUGCAUGAAGACCUGCUGAUGUCACGAAUCUCACAAACACUCCAGCGUCUCUUCUCAGAAGUGUUCGUUAUAACGGCCUGCUAACUUCUAAAGCAACAUGAAAACACUCAGUGAGACUUUAAACAGAUGAACAGUGACACACGGAUCACAUCACAGAACUCCAGUUGUAUUUCAUGAUGAUCUUCAGAUCAUGUAGCUCUAUUCAGAUGCAUUUAUAGCACAUCAUCUGUUGCAUUUACAUUUUGAAAUGUUAUAUUUUUUUUUUUUUUUUGUAACGCUUUGCAUUCUUCUUGGGAACGUGUUUCCUCAGUCCUGAAGAUUUCUGUGAGCAAUGGUUUUCAAAAAAGGGCUUGAAGGCGCUCCGACGCUGGAGAGUAAUGAGGUAUCUGUGCGUUUAUGGAUUUAAUGGGAAUCUCAGCUGAGAUUCUGACUGGAAUCCAUUAUUCAUGUUUCAGCAGGAGGUGGACUGUUUGUUUUGGUCUGAAGUACAGAUGUUCACGUCUGCACAACAUCAGCAUCGCAAACACACGCUCCUGGUGACUGUGAUUAUGGGAUGUUCUCACGGCGCGGAGGGAGAAACAAUGUGAAACGCUCCUUUCAUUCACAUGUAGAUGUUUCUGUAGAGCGGCUCUGCUGAUCUUCAGCAGAUGUUUAGUAGUAAACGACUUUAUCAUCAGCCUUUCUUCUCUUUUUAACUCCUCCACCCCCAAACAGUGAAACGCACAACAAUAAGACCUGUGGUGCAAACCUCGAUUUUGUUUUUCACUUCCCCCAAAUGAACACAUGUAUGUUAACUUCAGAUAAAUAAAAUAUCCUUGGAUCUAAACAGUACAGUGGCUUUAGAGUUUCUUUGAAUCAUGAAAUCAACAUGAGCUCCAUUGACUUUGUUUAUGGUCAUCGUUCACAUAAGUCACAUAAAGCCAUUUAAACAGUGCACUGCAAAAA